AUGGAAGAAAAGGAAUAUGUUUAUCAAAGUUUUAUUAAAAACGAAGAAAUUCAGGAGGAUUAUGUUGAUAAUUCUGGAUAUAAACCUUAUGUUCUUCAAGAUGGAAUAAAUUAUGAUACUUGUUUUGGUCCUGGCACAAUAGCACUAGGAGAUUUUUAUUUUCCUCAAAAUAUUGGAAAAUCAAUUGAUAAUGACUACAAUCACGAGUAUUAUCUUUUAAAUAAUUCAAUUACAAAAAUAAAUAGAAUUACACGUCAAAAAUUUGUUUGUAAUAUUUCUUUUAAAAAGAAACCCGGUAGUGGAAAUAAAGUUCCACAGACAUAUGAAUUAGGAACAACUAAACGAAUUUAUCCUAAAAAUGGAUUUCAAACAUUUAAUAAUAAACAGUCGUGUUUUACUACAUCAAAUGAUUCAAUUACACAAAAUUGUAUUCCUAAACAAGUUCCAAAAGUUGCUUUUAAAGAUUCACAGCCUUCUUUAGAUUUAGAGCAAAUACAACAAAUGCUUAAAAAACCAACAAAACCAAUUACUGGAAGUACAAAUAAACCUUCACAUCGUUCCUCUUUCUCGCAUUAUACAUAUACAAGACCUUCAAUUCAAACCAUUGAAAGUCAGAAAUUAAAAGGAACCUCAAAACAAAUGGGUAGUAAAAAACCUUGUAAUUGUACAAAGUCACAAUGUUUAAAAUUGUAUUGUGAAUGUUUUGCUUCAGGAGAAUAUUGUAAAAAUUGUAAUUGCAAAGAUUGUCAUAAUAAUUUAUCAUACGAAGAAGAAAGAAGCCAGGCAGUCAAAUCAUCAUUAGAAAGAAAUCCAAAUGCAUUUAAACCAAAAAUUGGAAUAAGUACUAGAGUAUCUGGCCCUAAAGACAUUGAAAGAUUACAUCAAAAAGGAUGUCACUGUAAAAAAAGUGGGUGUUUAAAAAAUUAUUGUGAAUGUUAUGAGGCAAAAGUUCCAUGUACUGAUCGUUGCAAAUGUGUUGAUUGUAAAAAUCUUGAGGUUAUCAAACCACCAACAUUAAAAGAAAAGUUAGCAAAUUCAGUUUUAUCAGUUUAUGCUACAAACAGUGGAACUGAUUAUAGUGACACAGAUGAUGAAGUUAGUAAUUCUAGUGCAAGUAAAUUACUUAUUGGACCCUGGCAUUACAUUACCGAUGAUGUUGUAGAAAAUUUUGCUAGAAACUGUUUUAUAGAUGCCGAUAAAUUAAUUAAAGAAAAUGAAAGUUUUGAAAAAAUUGAAAAGGUUCUUUUAAAAAACUUUGGUGAUAUUACGAGAAGUAUAUUAAAAGAGUCAAAAAAAGCAAAUAAUGAAGCAUUGCUUAAAAAAGAAAAACAUAUGAAAAAUUUAGAUAAACAAUGA